AUGUCCUUCAUGCUCACGUUGAUAUCCUGGGAGCUCUGGAAGGAGCGCAGUGUGAGGGUCUUCUGCAACACUACGUCUCCCUUCACGUUCCUCGCGCACAACAUCAACGAGAAAAUUAUUCUUCGGCGCCGGCUUUGGCCGGAGGAGCGGCCACUGCAACUGCAGGGUGAAGGCGGCGGCGGCCGCGAGCGCGGUGUCCGCUCGCCGAGCAGGGGCGACUACUACAAGGUGCUGUCCCUGGAGCACUCGGCGGACGUGGGCGCGGAGGAGGUCAAGCGCGCGUACCGGCGGCUGGCGCUGCAGUACCACCCAGACGUGUGCCCUCCGUCGCGCCGGGCCGAGUCCACGGAGCUCUUCGUCGAGCUCCAGCGCGCCUACGAGACGCUGUCCGACCCUGCCACGAGGGUGCAGUACGACGCUCAGCUGACUGGCCGGGCGUCGACGAGGCCAGAUGGGUUCGCCAGGGACGUAUGGGAAGCCCAGUUGUCCGUGCUGCGGGAGAGGUCCGAACGGCGGCAGAAUGGAAGGAGGUGCAGCGGCCGACGGUUCUAGACUUGAACGGAGUGAACAUACCCCAGUCUGGCUGUGGUUUCAUUGAUUCUUUGACGGUGACAUACCCCAGUCUGGGGCGUUAAAUAUUGUGUAUGCAUGUUUAUGAGUAAUGCUACACGUACAAACGAGUUAUAAGGUUUUACAAACAGGGUUAAUUUGAUUGGUUAAUAGAUGGGGAGGCGGCCCACCCUCCCUAAAAUCAGGGGGGGCAAGUUUGUGAUUGGUUAGUAGAUGAAAAAAAUUCUAGUCAGUGUAUAAUUGCGUGUAACUCUUUAUAUGUCUAGCAUUAUUGCAUGUUUAUUUGGUGUA